AUGGCUAGCCCAAACCCCGCUCGUCUGUCUGCUAUCGGGAGCAAGACGUUGACACUCGCAAUGGAACGCCAACGCCUUUUAUCCAUUUCUCCACCAUCUCAAACACACAUAGCUACUGGUGCACACUCGUCUUCGUCGUCGAGUGUGAGCCAAAUCAUGAAGAACCUCACGACACUGCGCGAGGGUAUCAUGGCGAUUGAGAAUGCACAAGGAUCCUCGAAACAAACUCAAGGGUUGAGGGAGCAAUAUUCGAGUAUAUUGAGCGUGUUGGGCGAGGACGAGGCUGCGGCUGCGGGUGCACAGAGUCUACCGCCGGCUCCUCGUCCCAAGAUUGAGUCUCUCAUCCCGUCUACCGCUGCAGCGGGCUCUAGCGAGCGGGUUGAAUUCCGGGACGACCCGGAACAGACAAAUGACGAUAUGUUUAUGCAGCAGAAGCAAAUUAUGCAAGGUCUCGUACCAUAG